CGUGUGGCUGCCUCUCCCUCAGCGUUGGAGGUUCCUGAUGGUGGUGUUGGCGGAGAUGCCCAACGAGUCCCCGGUGUCCACGUGCUGGCCUCCGGCCUCCCCAUCUCUGGUGGAGGUCAGCUCCCUCCUGCGACGUCUCCACCACAAGUGGAGGUGCCACCGUUACCGGCUGCAGUUCGACCAGACAGCAAGGAACAGGAUGAGGGAGAAAGUGACCGCUUCCAUCAUCUUCAAGGACAGGAAAGCCUCCUACUCCAAGAGCGUGUCGCACCCGUUCCUGGGAGACUACGUCAGACUCCGGCAGAACGCCCAGUGGAAGAAGCUGGCGGCGGAGACCAACGACCAGUAUGUCGUCUUCGCCGACAUCGUCAACAAGAUCACCCGCUCUGCUGGCAAGUUCGUGCCGAUCUUGCUGGCCGUGUCGACCAACUCCCUGCUGGUGCUGGACCAGCGGACCCUGCAGGUCAAGUAUCGCAUCCCUGCCCUCGAGAUCCAGAGCAUCUCCCUCUCUCCCUACAUGGACGACAUCGCUGUGCUCCACGUCAAGCCGCCCUCUCCCACCGCUGACCUUACCGGCUCGCAGAACCUCAACCCCGGCUGCCUCUUCGGGUCGGACGAGGUCAAACGCAAGGGCGACCUGGUGCUCCAGACGGGUCACGUGAUCGAGGUGGUCACUAAGCUCUUUCUGGUGGUGCAAAACGCCGCCGGCAAGCCGCCAGAUGUCAACAUAUCCACCGAGUUCGAUGCUAACUUCGGCCAGCACUCCGUACUGUUUACCUUCAAGACAGCUGGCCUGGCCGAGGUGGCUCCAGGGCAGAUCCGCAUCAUGAGACGACACAACCGGAUGGAGGUGCUCUUGUAGGGGCCUCUCUAGUCUGCUGGUGCUCUUGUAGGGGUCUCUCUAGUCUGCUGGUGCUCUUAUACUUCCUCUCAAGUCUUGAGGGGGGCUUAUGUAACGCCUCUUAAGUCUGGAGGUGCUCUUUUAGAGCCUAGACUUACGUGCUCUUGCAGGGCUUCAAACAGUCCGGAGGUACUUUUGUAGGGUCUCUCAAGUGUUGAGGUGUUCUUGUAGGGCAUCUCAAGUCUGGACGUAGUAUUGGAAAUCCCUUUUAAGACUGGAGGUGUUCUGGUAGAGCUCCUCAAAUCAGAAUUCGGGCUCGUAGGACGUAACAAGCCUUGAAGUGUUCUUGUAAGGAUUCACAGGUCUUGAGGUGGUCUUAGGCUUCACAAUAGUGGAAUCGGUUGGUCUUAUACGCCUUCGCAAGACUAAAGAAUGCUUUUGUAAGUCAUAUCAAACCUUUGAGG